UGGUGGGGUGUGGAUGGACGUGUUUACAUAAAUUAUAUCAUAAAAUAAAAAUUAAAAACAUCUUAGCAGUAGGUUUUAUCUCGUGAUGACAUAGUGCAAUUCGUUAUACAAAUAUUGAGUUUGUCUUAUGAACUGAAUAAGGAAAUACUGAGAAAAAAAUGGGUGCUAAAGUGUCUAGAACGGAUUUCGAAUGGGUUUAUACGGAGGAGCCUCACGCUAGCCGCCGAAAAAUAAUUCUAGAAAAAUAUCCUGAGAUCAAACAGUUGUUCGGCUAUGAUCCUCUUUUCAAAUGGGUCGUGCUCAGUAUGGUCCUGGCGCAGUUCGCGAUGAUGCCUAUAGUCCAGCACCUGAGCUGGCCGAUGACCCUGAUCCUCGCGUACUGCUUCGGCGGAGUCAUAAAUCACUCUCUGAUGCUUGCGAUCCACGAGAUAGCGCAUAAUCUAGCGUUUGGUCACAAUCGUCCUUUACAUAAUAGGCUGUUUGGAUUCUUCGCGAACCUCCCGAUAGGCGUACCGAUAUCUAUCAGCUUCAAGAAAUACCAUUUGGAACAUCACAGGUACCAAGGAGACGAAGUUAUAGAUACUGAUCUACCGACCCUGCUAGAAGCGAAACUGUUUUGCACGACGGGCGGGAAGCUGUGCUGGCUGUUCUUGCAGCCCUUCUUCUACGCCCUGAGGCCGCUCGUGGUCAGGCCGAAGCCGCCGACGCCCUUGGAGCUCAUCAACCUCAUCAUUCAGCUGUUUUUCGACGCCGUCGUCGUGAAGCUUUUCGGUUGGAAGGUGCUGGGGUAUUUGGUGUUUGGUUCGCUGAUGGCGAUGGGCGUCCAUCCAGUGGCGGGUCAUUUCAUAUCUGAGCACUACAUGUUCAGGAAGGGCUUCGAAACGUAUUCGUACUACGGUCCCCUGAACUGGAUCACGUUCAACGUUGGCUACCACAACGAGCACCACGACUUCCCGGCGGUCCCAGGCCGGAGGCUGCCCGAGGUAAAACGCAUAGCUUCGGAGUUCUACGACACGCUGCCUCAACACAAUAGCUGGUCAAGCGUACUGUAUGACUUCGUGAUGGAUCCUGAAAUCGGUCCUUACGCCAGGAUGAAAAGGAAGCACCACGGCCUAAAGAGCUAGGUACAGGUUAUUAUUAAAUAAAAAAUAUGUAUACAUAUAGAGGACAGAAGGGCUAUUUGAUUUAAGUGAAAUUUCGAUUGAUACGCGACAUUUAUCUUUGUA